AUGUCUGCACAAAAUGCCGCGUCAAAAGAGUCUACAACCAUCACGCAACUUUUCGCUGAAGUAGAACGUUCAGUUAAAAAAGAAGAUUAUGUAAAAGUUCUUAAAACUGUUAAUAAAAUUCUUCAGUUGAGUCCCGAUGAUAAAGACGCACUUCAAUGUAAAAUUGUUGCAUUGAUUAGACUUGGCAAAUAUCAAAAUACAUUAGACCUUUUAACAAAAGAUUUUCCUGAUGAGCAAUUUUUAUCACAAAAGAUUUUUUGUCAUUACAGACUAAAUCAAUUCAAAGAGAUCUCUGAACAAUUGCAAAACUAUAAUAAACCUUCGGGAAAUGCUGAUCUUCUCUUGAGACAUUUAGAAGCUCAAGUGGCAUAUAAAAUUGAAGAUUACACCACGUCAUUAGAACUUUAUUAUAAUUUAUUAAAAGAAACAGACAAAAAAGAGGAUACUUAUAAUGACAUUCUAACAAAUUUCAAUGCAGUAAAAGCAGCUUUAUUGUUUUCUGGAGGAAGUUUGCUUGAAAAGUAUGCUGUUGUAGAUUCAUCAACCACAUACGAAUUGGCUUAUAAUUCAGCAUGUAUUUAUAUAGGACUAAAAAAUUUGGGAAAAGCCGAAAAAUUAUUAAAAUUAUCUCAAAGUAUACUAUAUUUCUUAUUAUUAGUUAAUAUUUAA